AUGCUAGUGCUAGAUUACAACUUUCAAGUUGUAGUGAUGGAGGCGCUUUACAGAAAGCUCUAUGAAAAAUACUCCAAGCUCAAGAAUGAAAAAGAAUCUCAGUUCGACAGGCUGAACUAUGAUCAAGAAGUGAAGUUCUUGAAUUUUGAAGCUGCUGCUGAUGAGAUGAUACAGUACUUGAAAAGUGAGAAUGACAAGCUGAUUGGACAAGUUGACGAAUUGAAAAGUGAACUUACCUCAAUCAGAUCUUCAAGUCAGGAAAAACAUAGCCAGGACCAAAAGCUUCUGAAUGAACAGAACCAGAAGAUAAAAGAACUCUCGGAAGAAAUUGCCCGGCUUCAAAGUAAUGAACAUAAUCAAUGCUCCUACUGUACCGUGCAUGGGGAAAUUAGACCCGGGGAGGAUGCAUCACAUGAUGAUACUCCAUCUGAAGGAACUAGCCGUGACUCGGUUAAAAACCUUGUGAAAAAACGUAAAACUGUGCUUCCUACUGAAGUUAUUACAGCCACUCCCUCAGUCAAUACAGAAUCCGACCACUUGGCAGAUCAACGUGUGCAUUUGUGUAAGCCCGUCUGCUGUGAAGAGAAUAUUUUACAUUCAGAUGGUCACUGUGUGUAUCGGAAUCUUGUCGAGUUUGUUAUUGGCAUGAAAGUCUCACCUAUUGCUCAAAGUAGUGGCGAACUGUCUGUAUUGGCCCGUCAUCCAUCCAGUGGCUAUUCAUUCAGCCUGACAUGGAUAAAGAAUUUACGAGGAGAAGUGGAAUUGAUGUACAAUGUGUUGUCAUUGGGUACAAUCGAGAGAGUUGCACACGAGUGGAUGAAGGAGACAAUUAUCUUCAGCACAAACGGGGGAAUUAGAAAGGCGACGAAAAACACAACGCUGUUGGCCGCCGGAGCAAUCGCCGCCGACGCCGGAAUUGUUGAACACCGGUACGCAUCACCUCCUCUGACGUAA